AUGAGUGACACUGACUUCAAUCAUUGUGUGCCCAGCGGUCUUGGAAAUUCACAACGGGAAUAUGAAAAGCAGGUUGUACUGUAUAGUAUCCGCAAUCAACUACGGUACCGCAAUAACCUAGUUAAACAUGUUAAGAAAGAUGAACGUAAAUACUAUGAGGAACUGUUAAAAUACAGUAGAGAUCAUCUCAUGUUAUACCCAUACCACUUGUCAGACAUCAUGGUCAAAGGUUUGCGGAUAACACCAUUUUCAUAUUACACAGGAAUAAUGGAGGAUAUAAUGAACAGUGAAAAAAGCUAUGAUUCAUUGCCCAAUUUUACUGCUGCAGAUUGCUUAAGGCUUCUUGGCAUAGGAAGAAACCAGUACAUUGAUCUAAUGAAUCAGUGUAGAUCAUCCAAAAAAUUUUUCAGAAGGAAAACUGCCCGUGAUCUGCUACCCAUGAAGCCAGUUGAGAUUGCCAUAGAUGCCUGGUGGGUUGUUCAGGCCGGUUACAUCACAGAGGAUGAUAUAAAGAUUUGCACUACCUCUGAAAAAUCUGCUAUUGAUAAAAUCAUUGAUUCAGGUCCUCAGCUUGCUGGAUCUCUGGACUACAAUGUAGUUCACAGUCUAUAUAAUAAAGGGUUUAUUUACCUUGAUGUACCAAUCUCAGAUGAUAGUUGCAUAGCAGUGCCCCCGCUUGAAGGUUUUGUUAUGAACAGAGUUCAGGGCGAUUAUUUUGAAACUCUGCUGUACAAGAUAUUUGUUUCAAUAGAUGAACAUACAAAUGUGGCAGAGCUUGCGAAUGUCCUAGAGAUAGACCUGUCACUAGUGAAGAAUGCUGUUUCCAUGUACUGCCGGUUAGGUUUCGCUCAUAAGAAGGGCCAAGUAAUAAAUCUAGAUAAUCUUCAUUCCUCAUGGCGAAAUGUUCCAUCUAUAAACAGGCUGAAAACUACUUUGGACCCACAGAAGAUGCUCUUAUCCUGGGAAAAUGCGGAGAGCAGGAGUCCAGUACAGGAGGCUGGAUCAUCUGCUACAGACACAGAUACAAAUAGUCAAGAUGACCAAGGUGACACUGCCAGUGUGAGCAGCUUGAGCAUAUCUAGUGGGCACACAAAGCGCAUCGCCUUCCUGUUUGAUUCAACUCUUACUGCCUUUUUAAUGAUGGGGAAUCUCUCUCCAAAUUUGAAAAGUCAUGCAGUCACCAUGUUUGAAGUGGGAAAAUUGUCAGAUGAGUCUCUGGACAGUUUUCUUGUAGAACUUGAAAAGGUUCAGAGCACGGGAGAGGGUGAAGCUCAAAGAUACUUUGAUCAUGCACUUACUCUGCGAAACACCAUACUGUUUCUGAGACACAAUAAGGAUCUAGUGGCUCAAGUUACACAGCCUGAGCAGCCCAAUAAUGGCUUUCCUCUGGAUUUACUGCGCUGUGAAAGCUUGCUUGGCUUGGAUCCUGCAACAUGCAGCAGAGUUCUGAACAAGAACUACACACUGCUCGUCUCCAUGGCACCUCUCACCAACGAAAUCCGACCCAUCAGCAGUUGUACACCCCAGCAUAUUGGGCCAGCUAUUCCAGAAGUUAGCUCAGUAUGGUUCAAACUCUACAUUUAUCACAUUACUGGACAAGGGCCUCCAUCUUUGUUGUUAUCUAAAGGAACAAGGCUUCGGAAACUGCCAGAAAUCUUUCAGGGUUAUGACCGCUUAUUAAUUACGUCUUGGGGGCAUGACCCAGGAGUGGUCCCUACUUCAAAUGUGCUGACCAUGUUGAAUGAUGCUUUGACUCAUUCUGCUGUUCUGAUUCAGGGACAUGGGGUGCAUGGUAUAGGAGAGACCAUCCAUAUGCCAUUCCCAUUUGAUGAAACAGAACAGCAAGGAGAAUUUUCUCGUCUCAACAUGGGUGUUCAUGAAGCGCUGAAGAUACUGAGGGAGAAGAUGGAUUUGCAGCACUUCUGUGGCUACGUAACCAUGUUGAACCCUUUUAGUCACAGUGCGAACAGAAAGCUGAGUGAUGCUUCGGAUGGAAAAGGUGAGCCUGAGCUGGCCCUGGGCUCAGAUGUAAAUGGAAGCACAGAGUCGUUUGAAAUGGUCAUUGAAGAGCCAUCCAUAGAUCCUGUGGCAAAGCAAAACCCUGAAGUUCCCACAACCGAACUGGAAUGGGUUCCCUUGGAAUUGUGCUUUGGAAUUCCGCUCUUCAGCUCUGAAUUAAACAGGAAAGUCUGCCGAAAAAUUGCAAGCCAUGGACUGUGUAGCAGAGAGAGCCUUCAAAAACUGUUACAUUCCAGUAGAAAACUUUCUCUACAGGUUCUUAGCUUUGUUCAUUCAUUCCAGGAAAGCAUUUCAACAGUGGAAUUACUUUCAGAAGUCAGUUUCUCUUGCUCUUCUACUUCAAGUUUACUUUCACAUCCAGCUGCUGCGGACACAGGCGUCCCACUUCCUGCAAAGAAUCUCAUGUUCAAGGAUGGGGUGCUGUCAGAAUGGAACGGACGGUCUCCCUCUUCUGUUCUUAUUGCAACCAUCCCACCUGAACACCCCCAAAUAGUUUGAGGGCUCACCAUGUCUUGUUCACAUUUUGCCUUUUUAUUCCUUGGUAAUAAGUUGCAUUCAACUUAACAGUGCCAAUCUUCUCCGAAGUGUAAAUCUACAGCAGCAUGACCUCUGCAAUGAUAGUGUUAUUAAAGUGUGUAGUGUUGCACUCGACUCGGGAGAGAUAUGUCUUAUCUUACCUUACCUGUUCAUUUACUGCAUGUCCUGCUGCAACCGAAAGCUUCUUAGUUGUCAGCCCGUCUCUCUUUGUAUCUCAAGACAAUCAAUCCUUUCUUUUGCAAGUAAAUGCACCCUUCGUUAGGCCUUCUGAUUGUUGAAUUUCUAUGCUAUGCAUUUCUAUGCCAUUACGAUAGAGAAGAGAAAUUUUUAUACACAAAGUGAUACAGACCUUAAAUUUGGCUUUUUAAAAUUGUAUAACACGCAACAAUUUUAGGCAUUAGAGAGGCACAAAUGGUAUUCAAAUAGUGUAGCAAAAAAUAUCUGUGACUCUGGCGAUGCUAUUGGGGGAGAGAACGAGGGCUGAUGAGCUUCCCUACAUAUUAAGAAUUUGGAAAGAUUGGUAUCGUAGUGUUGAUGUUUUGUAAACAGUUUUAAUCUCAACCUUAAAACCACUUCAUGGGCAAAUAUGUAGUGAGUGGGCCAAUUCCCCCCCCCCCAAAAAAAAACUUUGUGAAACCUCACUGGUAGAAUUACACCAGAGUUAAAUGUGGUGCUGCCUGAGCAUAGGAGUCCUUUUUUAUGGGCUGUUUUUCUUGAGCUUUGUCGUAUUUGCAAAUCUGCAAUAUACCAGAAACAAAAAAAAAGCAACUUCCAGUCUUUUGCUCGUACCAUUAUUAUUAUUAUCUUUUGUCCAAAGUUAAAUUUAGAGCCUGCUCACACGGCCACCUCAUUAUGGGAGAACUGUUUAAAAAGAAGUCUGUCCACAGUCUGCCAGUUGUUUGAACCCAUCGCCACCUUGGGAGCUUUGUUUAUCACAAAAAUGUUAAUUGUGUUUCGAUUGUUUCUAGAUUUUUAUUAAUGUUCCCUUCCUAGAAGGGUAGGAGAAAUGUACGCAUUGUUAUGUUAACAGUUAACUUUACAUAGUUUAUACAGACUCUGUACUGCAAGUUUUGCUAAUUUGGGGGUCUUCUCAGCAGCUGUGAUAUGUAGAUAUGCAGAUGAAAAAAAAGUUAAAAAUUAGAACCUUUGAUGUCAAAUCAGUGUGGUCUGAAAUGUUAGGUAACCGGGCUUUGAGGGUGGACGGUAUAGGGUUUUUUAAAAAUGUGUAUUAGCAGACUUCGAUGGAUAUUUUGGGGACCAAGAACCCAGAGAACAUUUUGAAAGAUAUGAUAAUAGGAUGCAGCAGCUCCAGGAUCCUCUGUGUGUGAGUGUGUGUGUGAUCUUGUGUGUUUAUAACAGAUUUGUUAUGCAUAUUUUGAAAAGUCUGGAAAAUUGUACAAUUGUUUUUCAUUCUAUUUGAACUUAUUCCUUCUUAUAUGUGCGCUCUUUUUUCCCCCUUCCUAUUUAUAUGUAUCAGUUCUGCAAAUGAAGGAUUCAGUUUCAACUGAAAAGCAGGAAUGAACAACAGUUUACCUGAAUGGUUAUUUGUCUGUCUGUCUCUCCCCCUUCUCUGUUUCAUUCUGUUUCCCCUAUAAUAUGAGCAGGACUCUGAUGCUGCAUGUGACGUAGCGCUUCACCUGGUGGAGUCAAUAUGCACAUUAAUAUUUCAGGUCUUUUUUUCUCGUGGGAGAUAAGAAAGUAAGCAGGCCAAUAGUGAGAAGCCUUGCAUUGCUGUGACAUGAGUAUAUUGAAGGUGGCUGUCAUAUUUAAUUGAAGCAGGUGAGGUUUGAUACUUGUGUAUACAUUAUUAAAUAGGCUAUAUGUCCUCCACCAGGGAAUAAAGCUGUAGACCAGCAGGGCAAUCUGAGCAUGGUAAGAUCACUAGCCGGCUUGUUUCUUCUGUUGAAAGAAAGCCAAGGGCCUAAUCAGGUAAGGUUGUGAUGUGAAUUGAAACUGAGUGCAGUUCACAACCAGCAGUCUGAAAUACUUUAGGGCUGAUAAGAAGAAUUAUAAAGCCCUGCCUUUGUCUGGCCCUUUAUAUCUAACAGCAACAUGAUAGUUUAUUAGACCAGGACAUAUAGUGACAGGUGGAAGUUUAACCCACAAUGUUACUACUCAGCUGUAUUUCAUCUCCUAUAUCUGGACCCUUUAUGGAGAAUUUUCAGUGCAGGGGGAGAGGAGCCUUACUGAAAGUGUUUUCAGCUGCACAACCUUGUCACAUCAAGGAAAAGGUAAAAUGGCUUUCUCUGUCAAGUUUCAUUUUGAAAUCCCCCCCAACUUUAGUACUCCUGCCACAGUGACUGUAGAGAGGUGGAAACUCCCACAAAACUCGGCUUGAGUCCAAUGUGCUAUUUUACUCCUCAACCCUAAGAUGCCAUCUUACCCUGCUUUCUAAUUGUUACACCUGUUCACAAGUAAAGCUAGUUUCAAGUAUGCUGUCAUUUGGAAGCAGUUGUAAAUGUGUAAUCAAGGUGGCUUAAUCAAGGUGGCCCUGCCUUUAUUGCUGAUCUUACCACAGUCCACUAAAAGAGUGCUGCAAACCUUACAUUGGCCCAAAUCCCCUUGCUUCAUUAUGCAUGACACAAAUGGAGCGAUGUUUGGAAGCAAUUUGCCUCAAGUUAAGAAAUCAGAAUAGACAUUAUCUGUUGUAUACCAAACUGUAUGGCUUAGCAUGCAACUUACAAUGUCUCUGAUGAUUUCUUGGAGCAGUUUGCUUCCAAAAAGUUACACUAUUUGCCUAGUUAUGCAAAGGGAUUUUGGCCAGAUGGGGUAUGGCACAGGGUGCUUAAAGGUCAGUAGUGGCUAUAUUCCAUGGGUGAUUUGAGAGUGGAAGAGGAGUAAGAAUCAUUCCAAGCUAUGACUGUGUCUCACUCUUGGGAGAAAACCCCUUCAUUGUGGAAACCUAAGAUACAAAACAGUUGCUUAAUCUUUCCAUCAUUUAUCCAUCUCAACACUUUUGUUACAUUUUAGAUGUGAAAAAAAUGUAUUAUUCAACUGUGAAUCAAGGCACAACCCGUGUUCAACCAAAAAUUUUUUUUAAUUUGUUGGUUCUUAAUCCUUUCUUUUUAUUUCCCAACAACUUUUAACUUUCUAAGAAUCAAGUUUGUGAUGUUUUAGGCCUCAUCAUUUCACAGUUUUGUCUAUGUGCUUCAUGAAUAAGAUGUAUUCUGCUGCUUGAAUUUGGGAAUAAAGGAGGCACUCAGAAAUAGCAUUUUUAACUGGACUCGCCUUGAAAGACUUGAGUUUUUCAAGACUGGUUUCACUGGGAUAUCUUUAUAUGUAUCUUUCUUUGUACGUACUGUACUUUCUCUCUUCCAGCUUCCUCUCAACUUGAAGUUUUUCAAUAGUGCUCUUAUUUUCCUCUGUAUUUCUUUCUCCAGUGUUUCUGACACCAGUUGUAUAUUUUGAAGGUUUUAAAGUGCAGGAGUCUUGACAACUGUAAAGCAACCCAGUUGCUUUGUUUCUAGUUUGACUUUAAUAGUAUACGGUGAAAUGUACAAAAAUCUGGUAUUCAAUUAAAUUAUUGGAGCAUAUAACAAAUGUUUACAAAAUAAAGCUGUGUUGCUGGUCAUGA